GAAAUCUCGCCACUGAGCUGUGGAGGAUUAGGAGGAGAAUUUCGCUCUGCAGAUAGGUGUUGCCGAGUAAAAACCGUUUGUCGAAUCGGCAAGAAAUGGACGGGAGAGGGAAAGGAGAGGCCCAGAACCCCGAACAAAGAAGGAAAGGUGGCUGGCCACAAGUGGAUGACGCGUCUCUGCUGUCACUCUCGCUGAAGAAGCAGGACAAGAAAUUUGCAUAUUCCGGCGCCUUUGGGACAAGAACAAGCCAAACGGAACAACCUGAGAGAGAGAGAGAGAGAGAGAGAGAGAGGCUAAUUUUGUCCUGCUUGCUUCUUCUGCGCAGCUGUUUCGAUCUCUCUCUUGGCCUUUUCUUGUUGGUUCUGAGCUGAAUUCGGAGCAUACCAGCCUAAAUUAGCCAAUCUGGAGAUUCUCCCAGAACAAAUUCCCAACCCAAGUUGAGGGGCAGGUUCGAUUGUGAGCCUGGGGUGGGCUGCUCCUCCCGGUCUGUUCGAUUCGACACCAUGGAGAUAUAGCCGGCGAGUUGCAGGGGGGCGGAGCUCGCGUUUCCUGACGCGAUUUCUGGCUUUCUGCAAAGUUUCACCACCCAAGGAUAGAUUCUUCGCCACAAUCUUGCCGUUCGGUUGGAGCACAAAUUUUUUUUUUUUUAGUUUGAUCGCGGCUCCGGUGCUGGCGGCGCAGAAAGAUGCUGUUUUAUGUGACCCCGAAGGUGGGAUUUUGAUCGCCUUCUUGGCUGUCGAUUGGUUUCCCUCGUUGCUGCUGUCUGCAUGCGGAGGAUUCAGAUGUUCUUGGUAAGGUGGUAGUUGGGAAAUGCCCAGGGCUGGAGACUGCAGCAGCAGCGGCGGCGGCGGCGGUGGCGGCGGAGGAGGUGGUGGAGGUGGGCCGAGCGGCGGGGUUGCCAAGGACUUGCCACUUCUUUUCCUCAGGGUGGGCGCCGCCGUCACGCUCUCCGUCGCUGGACUGUUCUUCUCGCGGCAGCGGCGGCCCCGGCAGCUUCUUCUGCCUCCUCCUCCUCCUCCCUCAGAGUCGGACGAUUCCCACAGCAUGAAGGCCGGGAGAGGGCUCAAGGAGGAGCUGAGGAUCCUCAAAAAUGACACCAGAGCAAAAAUCAUCAGUGGAAACUCUGUUCAUACGACCACUACCACUACAACGACCACCACCACAGCCUUAGUGCCUUUGGCCCCCAAAUGCAGAAGCCUUGCUGAUGAUGAAGGAUACCUCCUUCCGGAGUUCAAUGAGAUGGUUCUCAAAGAAUUUGGCCGUGACAUAGGCAACAUCUCAACCACACCUGCACCGAGAGUGAGAGAAGAUGCAUCUAAUUACCAUGAAAUUCACAAGCUUAGGGAUUUGGUGAGAUCACUGCAAGAGAGAGAGAAGACCCUGGAGUUACAGCUCCUGGAGUGUUAUGGUUUGCAGGAGCAAGAUGCUACAGUGAAGGAGCUUGAGAAUCAGCUGAAGAUUAACAAUGUUGAAUCGAAGCUAUACUCGUUGAAGAUUGAAUCUUUGCAGUCUGAAAAUCAGAGGUUGGAAACACAGUUGUCGGAAAACUCAAAGAUAAUCUCUGAGCUUGAGGUGACAAGAGCAAAGUGCAAGCUGCUGAAGAAGAAGUUGGCAUUGGAUGCAGAACAGGCAAAGGAGAAAAUCACUUCCCUUCAGAAAAUGAUGGAUUCGUUGCAGCACAAAGAGAUCAAUGAGGGAAAAGAUAAUACUGAGGUUGAGAAAAAAUUGAAGAGGCUUGAGGAGCUGGAAAACGAGGCAACAGAGCUUAGAGCUGUGAAUUCAAGGCUGCAGCAGGAGAACACGCAUCUUAUUAGGCGAUUGGAGGUUACACGCCUACCCCCUGUACCCAAGCCCAAAAAUAGCAUGGAGGUAAAAGCAUUGGAGGAGGCUGAUCGGUUGAGGCAAGAAAACGAGAAGUUGGCUAAAGAGGUUGAACAGCUGCAGAGUGACAGGUUUGCAGAUGUUGAAGAAUUGGUUUAUCUGAAAUGGAUAAAUGCUUGCCUGCGAUAUGAGCUGAGAAACAAGGAUGCUCCAUCAGGGAAGACUGUUGCUCGAGAUCUGAGCAAGACCCUGAGCCCCAAGUCUGAACUAAGGGCAAAGCAACUGAUAAUGGAAUAUGCCAAUGCUGGUGCGGAGGAGAGUCAUUGGGGCCAUAUUGAGUUUGGUUCAGAAUGCUCUUCCUCACGGGCAUCAUCAGGUGAAUCUGAUGACAUAUCAGUUGAUGUCGCUUCUAUGACAAAGCAGAAAAACCCGAAGAAGAAAAAGUUCUUUUCUAAGCUUCGGAAACUGGUGCUGGGAAAAGGAAAGGAGAACCAUGGUGUUUCUAAUCUGGAGAGGAGAGUGUCUAUUUCAAACUGUUCCUUCGACGACUUCACUGGAAGGGAUUCGCAUGAUAGCUAUUCUUCAUUCAUGGCAGAAACAAACAUACCUGGUAGUCGACAACACGGUGAUCACAGCUUUGGUAUGGACAUCACAAAAUCUAGUCCUCUUAGCACAGAAGUUGGAGAUGAAAGAAGAGAUCAUUCUGGGGUCAAGAGUGUAUCGUUUAGAGAGGAAAGGUCCAGUGGAUUUGGUCACAGUGCUCGCUUUGAUAGCAGUGAGGCCAUACCUGAGGAUGCUGAGAUCCAUAAAUUUGCCGAUGCCCUAAUUACAUCGAGGUCAGGUUCCAUGUCAUCAAGAAGGUCAUCGUCCUUCCGUCACUGACACACGAGUAGCUUAGGAUUCAUCUGCUGCCGGCUCAUCAGCCUGGAUGUAUAUUUGCACCAGUUCUUGAUGGGAAAGUUAUAGGAGAUGUUACUGGAAUAAAGUGCGCAAGACUUCAUUCUU